GGCGGCCCGCGGCCCAGCGUGGAGUUAAGCGGCCUCCCCCGCACUGGGGUGAGAGCCCAGAACAGGCGGCAGAGCCACCCCGCAACCCCCAACCCCAAUCCCCGCGCUCGCUGCGGCUGGACGUGAAAAGACGGUCCCAUGCUCUGGGGAGUUAGUAGCCUUCCACUGGUACCUUCAGAAGAGUGAGCGAACAUGAAGUCCAGUCCUGGCAUCCAAGCCGCCAUCGACCUCACAGCGGGGGCCGCAGGGGGGACAGCGUGUGUACUGACCGGGCAGCCCUUCGACACAAUAAAAGUGAAGAUGCAGACGUUCCCCGACCUGUACAAGGGCCUCACCGACUGCUUCCUGAAGACAUACACCCAAGUGGGUCUCAGGGGCUUCUACAAGGGCACCGGCCCGGCACUUAUGGCCUACGUUGCUGAAAACUCGGUCCUCUUCAUGUGCUACGGGUUCUGCCAGCAGUUUGUCAGGAAAGUGGCUGGAAUGGACAAGCAGGCAAAGCUGAGUGAUCUCCAGACUGCAACCGCGGGGUCCUUUGCCUCUGCAUUUGCUGCACUGGCUCUCUGCCCCACCGAGCUUGUAAAGUGCCGGCUACAGACCAUGUAUGAAAUGGAGAUGUCAGGGAAAAUAGCAAAAAGCCAUAAUACAAUUUGGUCUGUCGUGAAGGGUAUCCUUAAAAAGGAUGGCCCCUUGGGCUUCUACCAUGGACUCUCGAGUACUCUACUUCAAGAAGUACCGGGUUAUUUCUUUUACUUUGGUGGCUAUGAACUGAGCCGAUCGUUUUUGGCAUCAGGGAGAUCAAAAGAUGAACUAGGCCCUGUCCAUUUGAUGUUAAGUGGUGGAGUUGCUGGAAUUUGCCUCUGGCUUGUCGUGUUCCCAGUGGAUUGUAUUAAAUCCAGAAUUCAAGUUCUUUCCAUGUAUGGAAAACAGGCAGGAUUUAUUGGUACCCUCUUAAGUGUUGUGAGAAAUGAAGGAAUAGUAGCCUUAUAUUCUGGACUGAAAGCUACUAUGAUUCGAGCAAUCCCUGCCAAUGGGGCACUAUUUGUGGCCUAUGAAUACAGCAGGAAGAUGAUGAUGAGCCAGUUGGAAGCAUACUGAAGUGUCUUGGUGAACCUGGAUCUGAGUCCGUGAGUUUGAGUACUACAGUUCAUCACAGGUUUCAACAGAAUACAAGACCAAUGCCGAAUUUUGACUUCAUGGGAAUUUUGGUUUUAUCUUCCCUUCUUCUACCCUAAAUCUUAACUUUAUGAAAGGGCCUCUAUUUUACAUCAUAUAAUUUCUGCCCACAAUUGUAUUGAAAUAGGAAAGUUGCUGCUCUUGCACUUGCUGGAAUGUACAGGACAGGCUGGUUGGCCCUAUGUACCUAAUUCGAAAAACUAAAUAUCACGCUGCCAGGGCCUUUGCAUAAAGCUGUUUGUGUGUA